CCCGCCCCCGAUGGUUCUGCGCACGCGCGGCAGCCAUAUUAGCAGCGGCUCCUCCGGCGCCUGCGGUCGUUUUUUCCCCGUGGAGUCUAGGCUCCUGUGUAGAUCUCGACUCUUCAGUGUCUUUCCUCCGGAACUAAAGUUCAGAAAACAUGUCUCGAAGAUAUGACUCCAGGACUACCAUAUUUUCUCCAGAAGGUCGCUUGUACCAAGUUGAAUAUGCCAUGGAAGCUAUUGGACAUGCAGGCACCUGUUUGGGAAUUUUAGCAAACGACGGUGUUUUACUUGCAGCAGAGAGACGCAACAUCCACAAGCUUCUUGAUGAAGUCUUUUUUUCCGAAAAAAUUUAUAAACUCAAUGAGGACAUGGCUUGCAGUGUGGCAGGUAUAACUUCUGAUGCUAAUGUUCUGACUAAUGAAUUGAGGCUCAUUGCUCAAAGGUAUUUAUUACAGUAUCAGGAGCCAAUUCCUUGUGAGCAGUUGGUUACAGCACUGUGUGAUAUCAAACAAGCUUAUACACAGUUUGGAGGAAAACGUCCCUUUGGUGUUUCAUUGCUGUACAUUGGCUGGGAUAAGCACUAUGGCUUUCAGCUCUAUCAGAGUGACCCUAGCGGAAAUUAUGGGGGAUGGAAAGCCACAUGCAUUGGAAAUAAUAGCGCUGCAGCUGUGUCAAUGUUAAAACAAGACUACAAAGAAGGAGAAAUGACAUUGAAGUCAGCACUUGCUCUUGCUAUCAAAGUCUUAAAUAAGACCAUGGAUGUUAGCAAACUCUCUGCUGAAAAAGUGGAAAUUGCUACGCUAACAAGGGAGAAUGGAAAGACAGUCAUCAGAGUUCUCAAACAAAAGGAAGUGGAACAGUUGAUCAAAAAACAUGAAGAAGAAGAAGCUAAAGCUGAGCGUGAGAAGAAAGAAAAAGAACAGAAAGAAAAGGAGAAAUAGAAGACAAAAUAAGGGAUUUUAUAACUCGCUUGGGGCACCAUUUCAGUGUAAAAGUUAUCCUACUCUUUCACACUGAGAAAGCUUUGACUUUUAACUUGUAUAGUGGGAAAAUAGGACAGUACCUACUGAAUCGGGUCUUGUUAUUUCUGUCCAAUUGAAUUCUUUGUUGUAAUGAUGAUUACUCUUCAUGGACAUCUUAAUUCCCCUACCUUUUUUUUGAAUAAAACUUUGAAAGAAUGGAAAUGGUGAAGAAAAGAAAGACACUGUAGCAAUAACAGGGCCAUGAUCUUCUUUUCAUGCUUUAUGUGUACUGUGGCAGCCCUUGCAGUUACUUUUGAACAAGAUGUUAAAAUUGACAGAAAUGUAAACAUCGUAAAAAGAGAAAAAUGGGAAUUGUA